AUGGGUCUGAUUUGGAAGUCGAAUAAACAUAUUCACGCAAAGGUCAUCACCAUGGAUGCUGAUCUUGAUAAAAUUGCAAUAGAGACUAAUUGGACCGGCCGACAUUUGUUUGAUGCAGUCUGUAGGAUAAUUGGCUUACGAGAAAUAUGGUUUUUUGGGUUGCAGUUUACUAACAAGAAGAACAUCCCUUGUUGGUUACAAAUGGACAAACACAUUCUGAAGCAAGAUGUGCCUCGAUCUGAAGACGGGACUUAUCAGUUUCUGUUUUUAGUCAAAUUUUUUCCGGAAGAGGUUGAAGAAGAACUUAUACAGGAUUUAACGAGACAUCUUUUCUUUGUUCAAAUAAAACAGGCAAUUCUUUCGAUGUUUUUAUAUUGCUCCCCUGAAGCUUCAGUUCUGUUAGCGAGCUACGCCGUUCAAGCAAUCCACGGCGAUUGCUCAGAAGAAUUUUGUAAUUUGGAUCUGGAACGAUUAUUACCGAAACGAGUCAUUGAUCAGUAUGAUAUGAGUGCUGACAUGUGGAGAGAAAGAAUAAAACGAUGGUGGAUGAAUAAUCAUGGCCAAUCAAAGGAAGAAGCGGAAAUGGAGUACUUGCGUGUUGCUCAAGACUUGGAGAUGUAUGGAGUUCUUUUUUACCCUAUAUGUAACAAGAAAGAAACCGAUCUCCAUCUGGGCAUUUCUGCGCAGGGUCUAGGAAUAUACAAAGGAAGCAACCGAAUUACACCUCGUCCCUUCUUUUCCUGGAGCGAGAUAAAAAAUAUUUCGUUUAGUCGCGGCAGAUUUGUGAUGAAAACAAUGGACAAUUCAACUAUCAAAUUCAGAGCUCAGGAUAAAUCUAUCAACCCAUCUAUACUCGAUCUCUGCAUGGGAACUCAUAACCUUUACCUACGUAGAAGAAAACCAGAUACGCUUGAAGUACAACAAAUGAAAGCACAAGCGAAGGAGGAAAGAGCUCGUCGACAGCAAGAAGCGGCGAGGCUAGGCAGGGAGAGAGAAGAAAGGAUUCAAGCAGAAAAUGAAAGGAAUGAGCUAAGGAUCGAAGUAGAGAGAAUAAAUGCCGAAUUGUUGGAAGUGCGAGAAACAGUGAGAAGAUCAGACGAAACGGCAAAGCUUUUGGCGGAGAAAGCUCGUACAACUGAACAAGAGAACUUGACAUUAGCCAAAAAAGCUAGUGAAGCAGAGGCUGAGUUUCAUCGUGUUAACAUGGCUCACAUUAAGUCUGAAGAAGCGUUGAUGAGGAUGGAAAGAAAGGCUAGGGAAGCGGAACUGUAUGCGCAAAGAAUAUCUAUGUCUUUGGCAGACGUGAAUGGGGAUCGUAAGCAAAUGUGCGGGUCGAACGAACAAACUCAUUGGUCGUUGGGGGGGCUUCAAUCUGCAAAAUCUCAUCAUCAACUAAUGACGUCUUCUAUAACGGAUACUGACCUACGAAACACAGCGCCAACGCACAGUUUCCGUAAUUUAUCUAUGUUUUACGUUGGUAAUCAGUUCGGACCCGUCCCUCCCGAUCCUAGCGUCAAUCAUUUAGUAGAUAUUCAAAAUAUGAAGCAAGAAGUUGAAAAGUCACGGAAGGAUUUCACAGAGAGGUCUAGACUUUUCAAGGAGAAGCUUGCAGGAUUCCGAUCUGAAAUUGAUGCUUUGAAAAGAGAGGACCAACAAACCGAGAAUGAUUUAGCCCAUGCUCGAAAUUUACAAAAUGGUUUUGAUAAACUGACAACACUGAGAAUGUCGAAAAGUACUAGUUCACUGGAAUUAUAUUUCCAUGACAUUCGAGAGCGCUCGAGGCACCCCUCGUCAACGUGGAGAAAUUUUUGA